AUGUUGAGAACAACUGAAAGGGUGUGUUUUACCCCCGAUUUCAAUGAGAAACCAAUCAUGUUUCUCAAGCAAACCAGUGUUGGUGGUGGUGGUAGUGGAAGAGUCUUGGGAAACAAGAAGAGGGUCACCGGAACUUGGACUUUCAGAUUUCCAAAAGAUCCUAAGUUUUCACCGGUGAGAUUAUUGCAGCAACUAGGAGCAAAAGUGGCAAGUGCUAUACGAGUUGUUUCCAAGAGAAGGAGAUCCUCUAGGAAGGUUUCUUCAUCCUCUUUGGUCAGAACACGUUCAGUGUCAGACCCCACUGAUUCACAUCGUGCCAAAGCUGUGGAAGAUUGCAUUGAGUUUUUACAUUCUUCUUCAUCUAGAGAGAGACCAAGUUCAGUUUCUGAAUGUUCUGUCUAA